AAAGAACAAUGAUGAGAAAGGGAUUAUGGAGUUUCCAAUAAGUGACGUGGGUGAGGAGCUAAUUGGAGAUUUUGUAAAGAGACAAUGAGGAGUUAUAGCAAUACCACUCACCCCUCAUCAUGACGUCGAUUAUAAGUUCCACAAUCACAAACUUAAAUUAGUGUCAUCAUUAUCUUCAUCUCAAGAAGAAGAAAAUAGUGAUGAUGAUGGAGAAGAUAAAAAAUCGGAAUUAAUAUGUGAUGGGUGCAUUACUCCAAUAUUCAGCCGCAACCAAAGAUCAUCGUCGUCGUCGUCAUCAUCAUCAUCAUCAUCAUCAUCAUCAUCAUCAUCAUCAUCAUCAUCAUCAUCAUCAUCUUCAAGUAGUAACUACUAUUAUAUGAGUUGUAGUAGUGGAUGCAAUUACAAUCUUCACAUGGAGUGCUUCCACUUGCCACCUCGCCUCCCCUCCAUUCGACUCCACCACCAACCUGGUCACGACCUAAUUCUCGAAUCUUCUGACAAACUCGGAUUUGAUUAUUGUCACGUGUGUGCCUUCACUUCGAGUGGGUUGUACUAUGCUUGUAUAGGAUGCAAGUUUAAAGCAGACAUCAAGUGCACUUCUCUGCCGGACACCAUAUAUCACACAGCUCACCCACAACAUCCCCUCAACCUUGUCUCUCACAAUGAUGUUCAUCAGAAACAACGUCACCAAUAUUAUUGUGGUGCUAAUUGUGGUGGCCGCUCAUCUAGUUUUGAUUGUUACGCGUGCAGCAGCUGUGAGUUCAUUGUGCACAUUCGAUGCGCUAUGCUGCCGGCAUCAUUCACCAGCUGUAGAUGGGACAAGCACCACCCGCUGCCAUUGACAUACAACGCCAAUCUCAACCAUCCAGGUGAAUUCUACUGUGAUAAAUGUGAAAGAGAAAUGAAUCCCAAGAGUUGGAUGUAUCACUGCCGCCACUGCGAUAUAUCCUUCCAUCCUCGUUGCUUUAAAACCAGAUUCGGUUGGUAUAGUAACAUCAGGUUCGGAAAGGAAUAUGUGAAUGCGGCAGCUCACCCACACCCUCUUGUCUCUCAACUUCUCACCACAAAACGCCGCUGCAACCUUUGUCGUAAUGAUAGGUAUGAAUUGCCUGGAUUUCACUGUGAAUCAUGCAACUUCUUCAUUUGCCGUGACUGUGGUAAAAAAAUGAUCGGAGAUGGUGACAUGAAGGCCGCUGAUUGACGAAAAUUCAGAGAUCAUCAUGUUUUAUCUCUUUCUUGUAUUUCUUAUGUUUUGUCUCAUCGUUUUGUGUGUGUUUGUUGUU